UACGCCACAAAAAUAAUCAAAAUGGCUGACUCUGAACAGACCGAAAAUUCUGGAACUGAAAUCACAAUUACUGUGAAAACGCCGAAAGAGAAACAAGAGAUUAAGAUAGACGAAAAUGCAGAUGUUAAGAAGCUGAAGGAGUUAGUUGGAGAGAAGUUCAAAUCCCCAAUUGAACAGCUCUGUCUUAUUUUUGCUGGUAAAAUAUUGAAAGAGAAUGACACUCUGAAACAACAUGGCAUUAAAGAUGGUCUUACAAUUCACCUGGUCAUUAAGUCAGCUAACAAGACAACUGCUGCCAGCCCUGGACCAGCUGACACACCCACCACAACAACCACACCCUCAGUACCGCCCAGUCGACCAGCUGCCCCAGAUGUGAGUGCGUCCCCAUUUGGGCUUGGCAGCAUGGGAGGGCUUGCCGGGCUCAGUAAUAUUGGCAUGGGCUCUGCUAACUUCAUGGAGAUGCAGCAGCGUAUGCAACAACAGGUGACGCAGAACCCAGAAAUGUUGCGUCAGAUGAUGGAGAACCCAUUUGUACAACAGAUGAUGUCCAACCCGGAUGUCAUGAGGCAGCUCAUGAUGGCUAACCCACAGAUGAGAGAUGUUAUGGAGAGAAAUCCAGAAAUCACACACAUGUUGAACAACCCUGAACUCAUGAGACAGACCUUGGAGCUUGCCAGAAACCCAUCCAUGUUGCAGGAACUGAUGAGGUCCCAGGAUCGAGCCAUGAGCAAUCUGGAGAGUAUACCAGGUGGGUUCAAUGCCCUCCAGCGCAUGUACACCGACAUCCAGGAGCCUAUGAUGAAUGCUGCACAGGAGGGAUUUGGCUCCAACCCUUUCUCCGGCCUUGUAUCUGGAGACUCUGCUGGUACCCAGGCUGGCCGUGAGAACACAGACCCCCUGCCCAACCCUUGGGCCCCGCAGUCAGGCGGCACAUCAGGCUCUACCAGCUCCACAACAUCAACCAGCACCACGUCCACCACCUCACAGGCGCAGGGACAGUUUGGUAUGUUCAACACACCGGGGAUGUCCAGCCUCAUGUCCCAGAUGUCGUCCAACCCCCAGCUCAUGCAGAAUAUGCUGCAGGCACCUUACAUGCAGUCUAUGAUGGAGUCAAUGACUGCCAACCCAGAACUCGCAAACCAGAUCCUUGGGACCAACCCCAUGUUUGCCAGCAAUCCCCAGCUGAGGGAGCAAUUCCAACAACAGCUGCCUACCAUGUUACAACAGAUGCAGAACCCAACAGUUCAGAACAUGAUGACCAACCCGCGGGCGCUAGAAGCCAUGCAGCAGGUGAUGCAGGGUAUGCAGACUCUCAACUCCGAGGCCCCUGGGCUCUUUCCUAAUAUGGGGUUGCCAGCAGGAAUGGCACCUUCCUUCCCUCCAGGAAUGGUUGGUGGCUCCACAACAACUGGGACAACAACAACAUCAACCAGCACCACCUCAGCAACCACCGGUAGCACCACAGAAACAUCCUCUGCUACAGCUACCACUACAGCUUCUGGCACAACUGGUAAUAUGGGCCCUACCACGACCCCCGCUACGCCAGGGGGAGUGGACCCAUUCAGCAACAUGAUGACACAGAUGAUGGGCAUGAUGGCACAGGGAAAUGCGAGCCAGCCCCCUGAGCAAAGAUUUGCAAACCAACUAGAUCAACUUGCUAUGAUGGGAUUUGUAGACCGGGAAGCUAAUAUAAGAGCCCUACAAGCAACGUUCGGUGAUGUGAAUCAAGCCAUUGAGAGACUGUUACAACAAAGAUGAUGGCUCAAACCAGAGUUUCCCAGUAUUCUAUUCCUGACAAGCAAAAAGGCGCUAUUGAUCCAUAAACACUGAUAGUCAUAUACUGUUGUAUAGCUUAAAUUACAAUAGUGUAUCAAUGAGAGUUGCAAAAAUGCCUUAAAUGAAAGAUACACCAUGUAAACACCUGCGCUUGAUAUGACAAAAUGUAUACAAAUACUUAUGGUAGCAAUGUCCUAGAUAUUUUAAUCAGAACUUUUAAACAAAUUGGGAAUAUAUUUAAUAAUUUAUUGCUAAGUUUAUCUUAUUUCAGAAUUAAAAGUUGCGUCUUAAUUGUUGUAAUUUUCCAAUGUAAUUAAUUUGUUAUAUUUUGCCUCUAAAACUGAAACUUAAUUUCAUUCUUUUUUUGGGAUUUAUUGUUUUGUUAAUUUCAAGUACAGUGCAAGAAAUAAUUUUCCAUUUUAUUUUACCAUCCUGCAGAAGUUAUUAUUUAAUAUCAGAUGCAUCUUCAUUAAAUCAUGUAAUUUGAUUGAAAACUCAUUAUGGAUUUACAAAACUAAAUAUGUUACUGCUAUCUGUAUUUUUAAUAGGUUUGGAACAGCUUUUAUGGUAAAAGCUUAUCACAAUAAUGCAUAGCAUACAGUCAUCAUUGGUUCUAAGGUCAGGAUUAUCUUGAAGCAAGAUUGAGAUAUUUCAACUUCAAACUAUUGUUCAGUUGUUUUUUGCUCAGACAUUUGCAUCCAAAAAGUAGUCCAUAUGAAUAUAACUGUAACCAAUUUCAAAAUGGGUCAAAUGCCCUUUACCCUGCCUUUGGCAUGAAUCCCUCAUGCACAAACUAACACUAUUUUUGCAGGAUUGACAAUUAUCUUAAUACUUUAAUACUAAAUAACAAUAAAUACUAGUUAGAACCAGUAAAACUUGUGCAAUUUGUGUAGUGGUACAGUCCAGUGCAUUCCAUUUGAAAGCCUAUCACAUCUAGGCUGCAGAAUACAGAAAUGGUUGUGAAAUUUUGUAGGAUCACAAUAAAGUACAUCUUAAGUCCUGUUUAAGUCAGAAGUUCAUUCUAAACGAUUAACAAUCCUAUUAAAAAAACAUGCUUACCAGAUUUUGUCUUCAUGUGCAAGACCAUAAUACAUACAUUUACAUUAUUCUGGACAUGACUGUAACUGUGGACAGCUGAACUGAGUGUUGUUGUUGUUUUUCAUCAUUUGAAUGUUUUGUUAUUUUGUGAUGCUAUAUGUGUAUCUAAUUUGGUCUUUAAAAUUCUCAUAGAUAUAAAAAAUAUUACAGAUUU